AUGGGAGUUAUUCCAGAGGCCGAGACGCGCCAUAAAUUGCUGCGCAAUGUGAAGAAAGAGGUGAAACAGAUCAUGGAAGAGGCAGUGACUCGGAAGUUUGUGCAUGCAGACAGCAGCCAUAUAAUAUCCUUCUGUGCUGUAGUGGAGGCAUGUGUGCUCCAUGGGCUGAAGAGGCGAGCAGCGGGCCUCCUGUGCAGUAAUAAGGUAGCAGCACUCUUCAUGAAGGUGGGGAAGAGCUUCACCCCGGUGGAGGAACUGUGUCAAAAGGUCCAAGAACUAGAGCAGCUCAUCGAGACCAAACAGGCUCAACUAAAUAAUGUCAGUGUUCCGAAACAACCCAGGGUGACCAACCUCCCCCCCCAGGGCUUGAGGAACCUGUGGAUCCGCACUGCUCUCAUGGAGAAGCUUCUGGACAAGAUUGUCAUGUACCUAGUGGAGAACAGCAGUACUUUCUAUGACAGGGAGGCCAUUCUAAUGGAUGCUGUGGAUGGACCAAUCCUUGCCUCUCUGUUAGUCGGCCCCUGUGCUCUGGAGUACACUAAGGUGAAGACAGCCGACCACUUCUGGACAGACCCAUCUGCUGAUGAGCUAGUCCAGAGACACCGCAUCCACAGUGGCCACUGUCGCCAGGAUUCCCCCUCUAGGCGACCUGCCCUGAUCCAGAAGAGGCAGUCCAGUGGCAGUAUGGAGGACCGGCCCAUCCUGUGGGCUAGGGACUAUGUUGAGUCCCUCCAUCAGAACAACAGGGCUACACUGCUGUUUGGCAAGAACAACGUCCUGGUGCAGCCGAGGGAUGACAUGGAGGCUAUUCCAGGGUACCUGUCUCUCCACCAGACUGCAGAUCUCAUGACCCUGAAAUGGACCCCCAACCAGCUCAUGAAUGGCACUGUGGCAGAUGAUACUGAAAAAAGUGUUUACUGGGACUUUGCCAUGACUAUUCGCCUGGCGGAGAUUGUUUAUCUGCACUGCCAUCAGCAAGUGGACAGUGGUGGGACAGUGGUUCUGGUGAGUCAGGAUGGGAUCCAGAGGCCUCCACUGCGGUUCCCCCGGGGAGGACACCUGCUCCAGUUCCUGACCUGCCUGGAGACGGGCCUGCUGCCACACGGACAACUGGAUCCCCCGCUCUGGUCCCAGAGGGGAAAGGGAAAGGUUUUCCCUAAAUUGCGGAAGAGGAGUCCGCAGGGCUCUGUGGAGUCUGUGUCGGAUAAAGAAGAGGACGAGGCCACUGACUAUGUCUUUCGGAUCCUGCUUCCUGGUACUCCAUCAGACUUUGUGGCUCCAGAGCUGAUGGACCAGGCGUUGAACAUGUGGCACCCCACCCCCAGGAAGUCCUCCUGUUUCUCCUGCGCUCUCAACGGAUCCCGUGUUGGCUCACUACCCAACGGCUGCAACCAGGAUAGGGCUCCCCUGAAACUCCUCUGUGACACCAUGAAGUACCAGAUCAUUUCCCGUGCUUUCUAUGGCUGGCUUGCCUACUGCCGUCACCUGUCCACUGUUCGUAUCCACCUCUCUGCCCUGGUCAACCCCACCAUCGUCGACCCUGACGUGCCUCAUGAUGCCCAGGAAGGACUCACUGUGGAUGUCUGGAGCAGCUUCCUCCAGGACCGCUCUGCAUAUGAUGAGCAUGAGCUUCUGCGUCUGGUGUACUAUGGUGGUGUGGCUCCUACAAUACGCAAGGAGGUCUGGCCAUUCCUGCUGGGACACUACCACUUCGAUAUGACCCAGAAAUGUAGGAUAGAGGUGGAUGAGCAGGUGCGAGCCUGCUAUGAGCAGACUAUGAAAGAGUGGCUGGGCUGUGAGGACAUCGUAAAGCAGAAUGAGGGGCAGAAGCAUGCUGAAGCCAUAGCCAAGUGCAACUCUGUGGCCAGUGUGGACAGACCAGGACCAGUGCAGAGAGACUCCACCAUCAGCACUGAUUCCUCACAGAGCAUUGGUUCAGACAAACAGAUUGCCCACUCACAGAGUGACUCCAGAAGUAGCACACAGGCAUUUUGGUUUGUCGAGGAAGUGGAACUGAUUGAAUCUGAGACGAAGCGAGAGAAAAGCAAAGAGCGGUCCAAAACCACACUGAAAGACCUCCGAGAUGUAGCCAUCCCAAAUGGUACCUCAGACUCUGGGGACCGAUCCUUCUACAGCUUGUCUAUUGACUCAGGUCUUCCAGAACAGCCUCAAAGCACAAACAACAACAACAGUCCUGUAUCUGACUCACCAGUCAGACCAGCAGCCACUCAGCCAUCACCAGAGCCAUCAGCAGUCCAAGGAGCUGCAUCUAGCCCAGUGGCCAAGGCUGAGCCACCCCUAAUAGAGAGUCCUUUCACUGUCUUGGGAACUGAAGUUGGAUCUGAAGAACUAAAGCUGCCGAUAACAGUUGACGACAAGGCUGCAUCAGCCGGAGAGUUCAAGGCCCCAGAGCAUUCUGAUGACUCGCCCUCCGCCUUAGAGAUGGAGGAUAUUCCCACGGCCUGGGCUAGACCUCUGUCUGGCCUGAUGGCUCCCCCACCUGCCCCCUUGGCCCUGGGGAGAGUUGGCUCAGGGGGGCCUGUCCUGGAUGCACCCUCCAACACCAGUCCUGAUGGAACAGAGCCAGCCCUGUCUGAGGAGGAGCCUGAGAUGGAGAGUCUCUACACUCAGUCUGACUCUGUGGUUGAGACAGAGGAACUCAAACCUGAGGUCUCACCAGUGGCAGUGUCCCCAGCAGGGACUACCUAUUCUCAAGAGCAGCUGGAUUUGUACUUGCUCAACCUGCAUCGCAUUGAUAAAGACGUGAGACGCUGUGACAGAUCCUACUGGUACUUCACUCCUGCUAACCUGGAGAAACUACGCAACAUAAUGUGCAGUUAUGUGUGGCAGCAUCUGGAGAUUGGCUAUGUCCAGGGCAUGUGUGAUCUGCUGGCUCCUUUACUGGUCAUUCUGGAUGAUGAGGUCAUAGCUUUCAGCUGCUUCUCUGAGUUGAUGAAAAGGAUGAAUCACAACUUCCCCCAUGGAGGGGCCAUGGACUCACACUUUGCCAACAUGCGCUCCCUCAUCCAGAUCCUUGAUGCAGAGCUCUUUGAAGUGAUGCAGAUGAAUGGAGACUACACUCACUUCUACUUCUGCUACCGCUGGUUCCUGCUAGACUUCAAACGAGAGAUGGUGUAUGAUGAUGUGUUCUCCGUGUGGGAGACCAUCUGGGCGGCCACGUAUACCUCCUCCACUCAUUUUGUCCUCUUCAUCGCUCUGGCACUGGUGGAGAUGUACCGAGACAUCAUCCUGGAGAACAACAUGGACUUCACUGACAUCAUCAAGUUCUUCAACGAAAUGGCCGAGCAUCACAACGUCCCGCAGGUCCUAACGAUGGCUCGAGACUUGGUCCUCAAAGUGCAGACUCUCAUAGAAAACAAGUAA